UAACGAGUUGGCCGCUAGAGGGAUAGUCCGAACGGAAGUGCUACUGCUGCCACCAUCUGAAAUCUUUUUAGGUUGCGUUUUCGUCGUGUGCACGUUUUGCUGACAGAACCGCCACGAUGCAGAUAUUCGUGAAAACCCUGACGGGUAAAACGAUUACCCUCGAGGUAGAGGCUUCCGACACUAUCGAGAAUGUGAAAGCAAAGAUUCAAGACAAAGAGGGAAUCCCACCCGAUCAACAGCGUUUGAUCUUUGCUGGAAAGCAAUUGGAGGAUGGACGCACCCUUUCCGAUUAUAACAUUCAGAAAGAAUCCACGUUACAUCUUGUUCUGCGACUUCGUGGUGGUGUCAUCGAACCUACUUUGCGUAUUCUUGCACAGAAGUACAACUGCGACAAGAUGAUCUGCAGGAAAUGUUAUGCCCGGCUUCACCCCCGUGCAACUAAUUGCCGUAAGAAGAAAUGUGGACAUACAAAUAAUAUCCGACCCAAGAAGAAGCUGAAGUAGAGACAUACAUGCUUUACUUCUGCUUGCUCUCUUUGCAAGCAUAUACACCUCUUAAAAAUGGUUAUAAUAAAGGACACACCUAAGUAACUACAGGA